AUGGAAGAGAUUCUGAAAGAUCUUAACCUAAGUUAUUUGACCACCGACUUUAUUGCCAACAAGGUUGGUCCUUCAGAAGUUCUUUCCUUGACGGAUGAGGAGUUCAAAACACUUGGGAUCGGAACCAUUGGCGAAAGAGCUAAACUCAGACAACGCUGCAAAGAUUUCAUCUGUGAAUCUAUACCAGAAUCACCAAUUGUCCAACGAGUGAAAAUGUUUCAGUCAAAGAGGCGACGAAGUUAUGCAUCAUGGGGGGCUGACAACGGAGCCUUCAGAGGUUCGAAAUCAGCAACAAGGAACAUCAAAUUAGGAUGGAAACACCAAAUCACUGGCUCGUUCAAACUGAUACCUGCAAGUAAGGGAGGGGGUGCCCAUGACAUUGAUGCCGAGAAGCACCUCUCACUGGUUGAGCUGGAAAACAAAAUUUGCGAGCUGUAUUUUCCAGAGGGACAGAAUACAGUUCAGGACUUGCUCCUGUCAAAUCUCAAUGUCUCUCUGGCUAAUUUCAGUGGCUCAAAACUGCAGGACACCAUAAAUGGAGAACCCUUCACUGUAGAUUUAUUCUACAAAAGUAGGAAAUCUCACCCAAUUAGGGUGUAUCUUCACACAUACGACAAAAGUGAAAAGACUGUCGACGAAGCUGCUACUGAUCACAUCCCUGUGACACUUAAUGACCCUAAUGCUGAUGAGCAAGAGGAUGUCAACGGACCCACCUCAGAUGACCAACAUCAGAUGACCAACAUUCAUCAACAUUGUUCUGAUGAACAGUUAUCUCAGGCCGAGGAUUACACGGCCUUUGAAGACCUGAUUCAGAUGGCAGGCAGUAUAUCCAUGGUCCAUACGCUGAGCAGGCGACAAGAAAUGUGCAAGGCACAUCAAGGUUUUGACCAAUUCUGCAGAGGACUUGAAACGCUUGGCGUAUUAGGAGUGCUAAAAUCAUGGAAGACGCAUGAAAGAAGUUUUUGUUUAUGA